AUGAACUGCUCCGAGACAUGAAGAACGAGUCGUUAUUGCCGAUUACUGCACGGAAUGUGAAUAUAAAUCGUGGUGCAUGGAUCUGUGACAGUGGCCCUAUGGGUCUUUCGCAUCUGGAUAAUAGUUCAUCCCUAAAUAAGUCAUUCGACAACAACGGUGGAAAUAACUCAGAUAAUUGCAACGGUUUGCUAGAAUACAGAGAAAUGGAGGUAAUCUGUAAACAACGCGAGUGUGAAUCAGCUGAGCUGCGUGAACGAUCGCCCGCGCUCGUGAGCGAUAAGCGGCCGAGCGGCUCCGACGGCUGCCGAACUACUGAUGUGACGUCACCGCGGCCAGGCAGUGAGCGAAAGCGAAAGCGAGUUGAACGCCACAGUGCGGUAACGGUCAGUGAAGCCACAGAUGUUACAAACGUAAACAGUUCUGAGAAUUGGCAGACGGUGUCUAAGCGUAAAAAGACUAACUACCGUUACCGUGGUACAGCGGGUAUAUCAAGGGAUAUGGAGGGCAAGUUCAAAGCAGCCGACAUACAAGUUCCCAUAUUUAUUACCAAGAUACAUAAAGACACUACUGAAAAAGAUAUACAGGAGUACAUAUACAGAAAAACGAAAGAAAUGAUAAAUCUGGAAAAAAUCUCCUUUAAACAGGAUCGAGAUCAUAGUGCGUACAAGUUUUUUGUAUCGGAGCAUAAGUUACCGGUGUUCCUAGAUAACAAAUUGUGGCCGCAGGGUAUCCUGUUCAGACGAUUCGUGAAUUUUAAGCGGAAAUAUGCGAAUGAUCGUAACUUUGUUUCGGCCUCUAAUAAUAAUUAUGAAAAAUAAGUAUGAUGCAAAUAAAAUGUAUAAC